UGCACAUGCGCUAUCGGUGACUUGCCGAGUCGAAAUUGCAUUUUGGGAGUUAUCAACAAACAUGGCGCUACACGUACCACGAGCCCCGGGCUUCGCCCAAAUGAUGAAGGAAGGUGCAAAGGUAAUAAUGGAAAGAACUUUUAAAAUAUUACUUUAAGUUUGUGUGAUUGAAACAGAUAAAUUUACAUAGAUUUACACAUCAUCGGGGUUUAUUUAAAAAUAUAUCCGUGAAGUACCGGCUUUUAUAGCAUAGAAAAAAGCAUGAUCAAACCAGCAGUGUCGUUCCUCUACUACGCUUUACUUUCUAUAUAGUAGUGUAAAUGAGUGGGAUAGUAUCGAGAAUGUUCUUUUCGUUUCCCUUUUCAUGAUUGUAUUAACUUAAGUAAAGAUAGCUUAAUUUCAGUUUCACCCUCGUUUUACGAGAAGGCCAACAAGGUUUUCUUUUAGUCUUAAUUCUUAAGGAAUAAUCAAUUGUCAACUAUGUAUAAUAUUAAUUAUAAUAUUAAUUUUAUUAAUAUCCCCUGCCACUACCAAAGCCUACAAAAUAGAUACUUUGGUUAGGCACUUGGAUACAAAAUUUAAAAAAAUUGAAAUAAUUUUUUUAAUAACACAGUUGGUUAGAGCAAAUUUCAAAUAAAAACAUGAAACCAGAAUCAACUUUUUAGUUUAAGUACUUUUUGAUCUACGAAUUUUUAAAGUGUGAGUUCGUUUGGUAUUUUUUACUAUGGACGAAACCUCCACAUCUUGGUGACCUCAUUCCCCUGAUCAAGUCAUGCGCAAUGACUAUAUACUUUAUAUAAGGCAAGGCAUCGCCUUAUCACUAAAAUACUGUUUAGGGUCCACUUAGUUUAAACUUUCAACUUUGGCACAUGAAUAAUUAAUUAAAGCUUUCCCAGACCAAUAUGUAUAGUUAGGGAUAACAAUACUUGUUCACGCACCGUUCUGCGCAUGUCCUAAAAUGUCGAAAAAAUGUGUUCUACAAUAUGGCGUACGGCUACACGGUAUCUUUGGAAAAUUGCAUACUACGUAGCCUUUGUUUAUUAAAUAAUGCUUUCCUCAUCAGUGACGUAUCAGUUUUUGUGUUCCGGUGAUAUAUUGAUUUAUGCUACAAGAUUUUUUGUGUAUCACGGACAGUAUUAUUAUAAUGACUCGGUUAGUUUAUAAAUCGCAUAAAUACUUUUUUACUAGUAAAGCCACCAAAAUAAGGUUUAGUUCCACCCAAUCUACAUUCAUUGUAAGAGUUUUUUCAUUUUUAGAGUUAUUAUCGUUGAUCUGUCUAUAAAAAGUUAUGCAUCCCACGAAGGAGUGGGGGUAUGAAAUUGUCUUUUUUUUUUUUUUUUGAUCAAGAAGCCGGAAAUGGCUGCUAUCACUGUGAUUCGUUAAUGUUAAAUCCUUUAAACAGCUAAAUAAUGAUAAGACGUUUAAAAUGAAUAAUUUUAAGAAAAGAUUAUAACCAAAGUUUAAUUAUGUAGUAACCAAGGGUUGGUUUUAAGUUUUAUUUAUUACGUUAAAAAUUGUGUACGGUACCGGUAGACAGUUUAUCGUUCUUCAUAAUUAUUGAAUCAAUAUUUAAAUUUAAUAGUGUUACAAUAGUAAUGUCAAUAAUAAUAAUCGUUUUUCUCUUAAUAAUUAUUUCAGAGAAUAUUACUAAAAUUAGGCCGAUAUAUCAGUUAUAAUUAUAAACAACUGUUAUUAUAAUCCUAUAAUAGUCUAUUUAGGCCUAAGCUUAAUUUUUCAUAAUCAUAAUUCUAUUACUAGUACUACUAGUACUACGACAAUCAACAACCACACUUACUAAUAAUAUAUUUUUUAGUUAAGCCUAUAUAUAACAGUUUUAUUAAAAUACAUCAAAUUAAUAAACAAGAAUCAAACAACAUCAUCGUUGUAAUUAUAUUUUUAUUAGAACAUAGAAAAGCAGUACAUAGACAAUUAUUUAAUAUAUCAAAUAACAUUUUUUAAUAAAUUAGUCUCAUCAUCAUAGAUGAUUUUGAGUAAUUUUUAUUUAUAAUUACAUGCGUUCCAAUUUAUAUAUAUAAAAAAGACUACUUACCUUUUUAUAAAUAUAAUUGAUUUAAAAUGUAAAACAAGCAUAAUAAAAUUAGUUAAAAUUCAAUAAACAUGUUAUUUUUUCGUUUUUUCCUGUAUAAAUGAUGAUUUUCCCAAUUUUUCUCUUCACUUUUUUCUGAACAUACCCUCAAAUAAAUAUUUAAAAAAAUAAAAGUCUUGAUGUUAUGUAAAAGUUUUGUUGUUUAUUGGGUUGUAUAUUGCAUUGAGAAUCUCUCCUGAAAAUUUGGUAGCAUUAUCUUUUAAAAUCCAAAAGUUUUGGGCAAAAUAAGGCAGAAAUUUGGAAAGUGGGUCACACGUUUUUUCAUUUAAAUACUAAGAUAAAGAAGGGGGUUUUAAAAAAUCACCAAAAAAAUCAUAACUCCACUUCUAUAAAAGAUAGAAAGAUGAAAUUGGUGUUGUUGUAAAGCUUAUAGCCAGUCCUUUAAAAUGAUGUAUCAUUCAUAGCAAUAGGACUAUAUUUAAAAUUUGUGUCAAAGUACCUAGUAUAGUAGUUUUUGCACACGGCAAACUCUUAUGAAUGAAACUCUGAGGUAGUACUACGAUACAGCCAUUAUGCAAGUGGCUGUGAAUGGUUGCCAAUGACAACGUGUUGCACACAGUAAAUUCUGAUCAUUUAUCAUAUGGAUUCUACCGGGUUGUUACAGUUCAAAUUAAAACAUUCCUGUUUAAAUGUCUUCAAAAUGCAUUCUGAAACACAAGUUAUCAAAUAUUUUGAUGUUAAUAGUGUUAUAAAUUAAUAUUUCCUAAGUAGCUGCAACUUCCGCCAUUAAAAAGGGGGUGUGGCCCACCCCAUGGCGAAAUUAGGUUGAGCGAACUGCAUGACCUGCUGCGAACGCGUAGAAACAUAGCGUCUCUCGUAAGACACUUAUCGCUGUGAAAAUUGGCAUACAUGUAGAUCAAUACAUUCCCCAGAUGCAAAAAAAAUUUGGUAGUGACAAAUUUUUUCCUUUGACUUAAUUUUAAUGAUGAAAGUUACCUUAUAUUUACCAAGGAUUUUCUCAAAGCUGACUGAUUGUAAAUGAAAAAGAAAUUGAUUACAAUGUAGGCCAAGAUGUCUACCUAAUUAUGAGGCCGAAAACGGAACUCAAAUAUGUAUCGAAAGUACUAAUUUAAUAAUAAAUAGACACACACAUCAGAAAAUUAAAAACUCAGAUUUUUCUAUUUCUGAUACACAAAAAGUAGUAGUCUCCUUUUUUUCAUCGAAGUAUCUAAGCAAGGCCCUAGCAGAAAACUGGUUUACCCCAGUACCUAGCAAGGGAUUUCGAAGGUCUCAUGCGCACCCAGUUUGCGCAUAACAAAAAAUCACUCAAAACUUGUGCGGCCAUUUUAACACCUAGAUCAUGAGUGAUCCUGUUUUUUUGCAUUUUAUGUCACAGUUUUCAAAUAAUAAACUAAUUUGUCAUCAGUGACAUAGAGUGCAUAUUUUCCAAACACGGUGAUACAAUUUUUGUAGCAUGGAAUAUUUUGUAAGUGGCAAUAUAUUUAUCCUAGUGCCGGCAUGUACUUAAAUAGCUUAUUACUUUUUAUGUCAUGUGUAAUUGUACCACAUUGAAUUUUAUCGCACCGCUGCUUGAUAAAGUCACGAAGAGGAAUGACUUUAUUUUGUUAAAAAUGGCCAUGCAUCUUAAAAGUUAUACAUUUUUCAUCGUACCCGGGUAACUAAAAUUAUUAAUUAUCACCAGUUAUCUCCCCUCUCAAAAAAAAUGGUUUGUGGGAAAUGGCUCUUCUCAUCAAUUUAGUUUAAAAAAUAUUAAAAUAUUUUCAUUAUGUUCAUCUUUAAAAAUCCACUAAGCAUUUAGUUUUUUUAGUCUGUUGAAUUUCUGACAAGUUUUGUCCCUUGAUAUACAUCUAUCUAUACAACUAUCUAUAUGGUAUAAUAGUGAGUAUAGCAUCAACUUGACUUACGUUAAAAGUUGUGUGAGUUUAUUCAGUUAAUGUUUAAACAUUUUAACUGUUCUUCUUUAUUGACGCAAUAGGAAUAAUGAUAUUACUAUCCACUCACUAGUGACAUUAAAGAGUAUAUUUACUACAUUAUACUUAGGUACUCCGCCGAAGCAAAUGACACUCCUAGUAAAUUUGUAUCGGAAAUGGGCAUCUGCGCAAUAGAAUCUGAGUAUUUAAUCCGGCACAUGACUAAUUAAAUAAAGCUAUCCCUGAAAAAAUAGUUCUAAUAGUUUUUGCACUCUUUUUAUGAAUGAAACUCUGAGAUAGUACUACGGUAUAGCCAUUAUGCAAGUGGGUGUGAAUGGUUGCCCAAGAUGUUUUGUACACGGAAAAUUCUGAUAAUUAAUAAUAUGGACUCUACCAGGUUUUUAAAGCUCAAAUUAAAACAUUCCAGUUUCAAUUCCUUCAAAAUGCAUUCUGAAACACAAGUUAUCAAAUAUGUACAGAGUGGUAAUAAUUGAAUAUUUCCUAAUUUAAGUAUCGUUUGCCGCCAUUUGAAAGGGGGGCGUGAUCACUAAUCCAAAAUGGCCUGUGCGACCUUUGCAUAAUGAGAUCUACGCUGAGGUGAAUUGUGAAAAUGUUUUAUGAGCUAGCGUAUAUUUUUCACACGUAUACUUCCAAUACAUUAUGCGGACCUGCAAUUAGUUUGAAAGACAUGCUUUUAAUAUUUCUACAAAAAUUUUUAUGUUGAAUGAUUCCUUUUAUUGACGUACAAUUUUUCUCACUUAAAGUUGAUACAAAGAACAAAAAAACUCAAUGGGAAUGUAGGUCAACAUUUCUCCUAACAUGAUUGGGGCGGAGUCAGACCUUAAUUAUGGGGCAAAAGGACUCCUGUAUCAUUAAAAUUUCGUUGUCAAAUUGGGGACAUCCACUUUUUUAUUUACCAAGGGUGUUGUUGUUGUUUUGCCUUUUUAUAGCCGAUUUUUUUAAUCAUAAUAAAUUCUACAUCCACCAAUUAAUUAAGUGAAAAAUAAGUAAAGGUAAAAUUCACUGAUCAAUAACUUUUUUUUUUUGUUAAACAGCGCUUAUUUAUAAAAAGAAAAAAGGGCUGAUCAAAUUAAUAAUGUCAUUUUAACACAUCUAAAAUUCAUGAGUUAGGCCCUAGACUGGCGUCAAAUACAAAAUACCAAGAGGUCACUUUUGUUAUUGUUAGGUUAUGUAAUUUGUAAACAUGGCCACCAUGCUUGUCUGCAUAUUACCCAUUCUCGAUAGAUGCCAUGGGGUAGUUCAUAAUUCAUUGGAUUAGUUACCCAGAAUAUAAAUGGGAAAUGUAACUAACAAUAAAUAAUUUUAAAGAAAUAAAAACGUUUUAUAACAUAAAUAAUUAUUAUAGGCUUAUCAUUGAUUUUAAUUUUGCGGUUGGUUGUAAUGUACUUUAGGAUUGAUAACCAAUUGUCUUUUAGAUAGGCCUAGUAAAAGCAUUAUAAGCGUAAGAAUACUAUUGCAGACCUGUAACAUACAAUUGUAUACACUCCAAAAUCGUAAGAGAAAACAUGUCUGCUAUUGUAAAUUAUUUUUGGAGUGGGAUAAAUUUAUUAAAGUUAAUAUACUUAUACUGGUUAUAUAUAUAUAUAUAUUUAUAUAUGAAAAUAUGUAAUGUAUAUGUGUGUGUAUAUAUAUGGCCUAGUAUAGCAUAAUAAUAUUGUUUAGACCUAGCCCCAACCAAACUUAUUUGUAGGACCCAUGCCUAUUAUGAUAAAUCAUAUGUAAUGAAAUUAUUUUUUGGACUAUGUAAUCUUAUUUUAAUGAAUAUUAUAAUUUUUUGUCUUCAGGCAUAAAUUAAAUAAAAAAUGUAAAAAAAUAUGCAUUUACCUUUGAUGUUGAAAUAUCCUAUAUUUAAUAACAUAUCACACUAUUCCACAAGAGAACUGUUAUAUAUUCCUCAGUAUUCUCAAAGAAGAAACAUACUUUCUGGCUCAAUAAUCCUAGAAUUACUUAAGACGUUACGAAAGAACAAUCAUAAAAACUAGUACUUACCUCUAGCUAAUGACUAGAACUUAUUUUAAUUUAUAUUAACUGCCAAACUUGAUUCUAACAAUACAUGUUGAUUUGUAAAACAAGAUUACUAUCUUACAAUAAAUGUUCAUACUAAGGGCUACAUAAACAUAAACUUACACCAUACUGAUGGCUCUUAAUUGAUUAAUAUAAUAGUCGCCUCUGAAAAAAUUCUACCUUCUUACCUAGGCUCAGCAGUCACAUAUGUAGCAUAGUAUGUAGCCUAGGCCUAAUUUUAGUAAUAAUACUCUCGCAUGAGUAAUGUCACUAAUAGUAAUAAUAAUAAGGGCUUAAGCAGGGUUGUUUUUUUUACACUGGGUCCGGGUAUUAUGAGAAAAUGCUUAGUGGGUCAAGAUGUUACGAUAAAAGUUAACUUCUCAUAUUCUGUAAUUAUGGCUGCCUUUAAACAGUAUACCUAUAUACAGUUCUACACCCUGCCUGCCGACCUUUAACAAUAAAUCUACAGACAUACCUACACCCUACCUGCUGGUCUUACUUAUAGGAUGCUAGUGAUAAGUUUAGUGGGCUUUAGCAUGAAAAAGUUUAAGAGCCUCUGCUAUAGACAUCUUGACAUAAUGUGUAGAUUUGUUACAUGUCUACAAAGACUGUUUGUUUGUUUUGUGGGGGGUUUUUUUUUUUUGUGGGUUUUUUUUUUUUUUUGUUUUUUAAAUUUUAAUUUGUUUUUAAAUUUUUUUUACAAUGAAUUUAAUGAAUUAAUAAAAUAAGAUUUUUUUAAUUUUUAGCAUUUUUUUUUUUUUUUUUUUUGUGUGUUUUUUUUUUUUUUGUGGGUUUUUUUUUUUUGUUGUUAUUUAAAUAUUAAUGUGUUUUGAAAUAUUUUUGACAAUGAAUUUAAUGAACUAAUAAAAUAAGUCUUUUUCAAUUUUCAGCAUUUUAGUGGUCUUGAAGAAGCCGUGUAUAGAAAUAUAGAUGCUUGUAAAGAAUUGGCAAAAACAACUAUUUCUGCUUAUGGUCCUCAUGGUAAGUUUAUUUUAAACAACUGAUAAUUAUCAUUAUACCUUGUCUAACAAUAAUUACAAUUUUUAACUUAUCAAAAAUAGUCUAGCAAUUUUGAGGAAAAGUAUUAUCAUUAUUACUUUUUUUUCAGGCCAAAAUAAGAUGGUUAUCAACCAUUUGGAAAAGUUGUUUGUUACUAAUGAUGCAGCAACUAUUCUGCGUGAGCUUGAGGUGGAACAUCCUGCAGCCAAAAUUCUUGUAAUGGCUUCCCAACAGCAAGAACAAGAAUGUGGAGAUGGUACCAAUUUUGUCUUAGGCUUUGCUGGAGCCUUACUAGAAAAUGCUGAGGAGUUGUUAAGAAUGGUAAUGUAAUUAAGAAAAGACAUCCCAAUUAACCUUAAAGAAAAUUUAGGAUGCCUUGAUACAGUGGUACCUCGAUAUGCGGGUGCCCUAACAUACAAGAUUUUUGAGAGACAAGUGGUCAAGCGAGUGAUGUUUUGCUUUGCCAUAUUAGAAAAUUUGAGAUUCAAGCAACUGGGUCAGCGGGUCGGCCGGCUGCACACAACACACCACGAGAGGUGUGUUUUUUUUAUUUAAUCGGCCUGCAGGUGAAAGUGAAGAAAGCGUGACGAAAAAGGCAAAGACCAGUGAAAAGAAAAGCCGUGACAAAAAUUAAGCGAAAAUAAAAAAAAAAUUGUACAGUACCGGUAGCGUUUAAGUUCACUGACGUUAAGUUCCAUUAAGUUUAGGGAUAAAGUGUAACAAUAAGAGUGUAAUGAGUAAGUGAAUUAAAGUGACCGAAAGAGUUUAGCAUUAACAGUAUGGCGAGUAAGUGAACGAAGUGAAGCUCCUCCGCCUAUCUCCUCCACCCUAAAUCUCCGCCAGCAUCUUCUGUAAGCUCAAGUUCGCUGAUUUCCAAAGUAAAUACACUUUAUAAAACCAGUUUAUUUCUUUACAUUCUCUUUUAUAUUUUUAUACAAUAUUUAUCAUUUAUAAAUAUAUUUUUCUUAUUCAAAAACACGUAACAAAAACAACUAGGGUGACAUUUGGGAGCUGGAACAGAUUAAUGGCAUUUCAAUUUAUUUCAAUGGGGAAAAUUGCAUGUGAGAUACAAGCAAAUUGACUUACGAGCAAGGUUACGGAACGAAUUAAAUUUGUAUCUCGAGGUACCAUUGUAUUUCUGUUUUGCAAAAAAAUAUUUUUUCACUUAAUAUUUAUUACCAAAAUAUGUGCAUUUUCAUAAAUACUAUUAUUAUUUGCUUUAACUCAUUGGUUUACUUCUGCAUUUCAAAUCCAUGCAAUUUUUAAAAUAAUGAAUGUUAAAUAAUAAUAUUAAUAAACAAGCUCAUAUCAGCCCUUACCGAAUUUCAAAAACACUGCAGAGUUGUAGGCUUUGUUGUUUACAAGUUUUAAUUUUAAAAGUUAAAACAAAUGACUUUAGAUACUUAUAAUAAUAAUAAAUUUUUUUUUUUAAAGGGUCUCUCUGUUGCCGAAGUUACUGAAGGCUAUGAGAUGGCUUUGAAAAAAGCGUUGGAUGUUUUACCAGGUGAUUUUCGUUAUGGUUUUAAAAUUAUUACUUUUUUAUGCAUCAUCCAUUACCCUUCAAACUUUUUCCUAUGACUGGAAAAAUUAUUUCUGUUGCUUUGCUCAAGUAAGAAAUAAAUGAUUUUUGUCCAUACCUUAUUUUAGGCUUGUCAUUGGGCACAGUAAAAAAUAUGAGAAACAAGGAAGAAGUAUUGCCAGCCAUUCGAACUGCUAUCAUGAGUAAACAGUAUGGAAAUGAGGAUUUCCUUGCUGAUCUCAUAACUAAUGCUUGCAGUAAGUGUUAUCAUUUAUCAACUUUUAGAUGGUAAUAUAUGUUGAUUUCAUUUUAUUUAUUAAUUUUUUUAGUGGAUAGUUACAGAUUAUAUUUUUACAGACCUGUCUACUCUUACAAUUUUGAGGUGGGUUUUUUUUUUACGAUUGUACGCCAAGACCCGUAAGAACUACAAUUUUAGGAGACCAAGUUGAAAAUAUAUACGUUCCUGUAGUUUUAAAUCCGAUUUUAAAAAUAGUAAUUUUUAUAUAAUACAUUUUCGGUUGUUAGUUUUAACUUGCAUUUACAUUCUACACCCAGAAGUGAAUGGAUCGACAGAUACGAUUGGUUGGGGACCAUCUAUUAUAUAAUAAAUUGAUUUACUCUGAGAGGGGAAUGGAAUGGUGAGGAUUUAGGAGAUUUUGUGUAAACAAAAAGAAGGGGGAAAAAAUGGGAUACGGGUCUAAAUAUCUGAGUCUAUAAAAAUAAACACCACCACAUUUUCUUAAUGACAGUGGUGAUGGUCAUAAUGUUGCUUUGUAUUUUUAUGAUAAACUCGCUAGACACGCCAACACUAAUAUUAGCAUAUUCCCUCCUUGUGACAAUCUUAGUCAAUCUGGGGUCAAUCCAUGUAGUACAUACACACUGGGGAGGGGGUGUUGUCUAUUUUUUAGAUUUUCUGUAAGUGUUCGUGUGGUGGUGAUGAGGGGGGGGGGGGUCUCUGGGGAAUGUACAUAAGAUAUUCAAACAUUUUACAAAAUCUUUCUGAAAGUCUAGAUAUAACAUAUUUAUAUGCCAAAUACAGUACGGCAUAAUUAUAUAUACUGUAUGUUUGUUUUUUUUACCAUUAAGAUACUGUAAUGUACGAUUUUGAGAUAAAAUUCUAAGAUUCUAGUAGUUUAAGGGGAAAUAGGUCUGUUUAAAUUUUAUAAUAAUAUAGAUGCAAAAUAAAUAUGUAUAAAAUGUUUUUAUUAUUUUCUUUGCAGUAUCUAUUCUUCCAGAGAAACUAAGCUUUAGUGUUGAUAAUAUUAGAGUAUGCAAAAUUUCAGUAAGUAUUGUUUGAAUCGAGCACUAAUUUACUUGGAGCUUGUUAGAUGGUCUUGUUUUAAUCAUAUUUGGCACAUAAUUAUUGAAUACAGUAUUUUAUAUAAGUAUGUAUCCGUUUGAAUUUGUAAAGGAAUAAACAUUGCGAGUGGAUAUAGCAUCAGCCAAUUACUUUACAUAACAUAGGAAAUAGGAUGGCAAAGUUGUUUUUUUUUCAAAGGAAUUUCUUAACAUCUAAUUAACUGCUUCCAGCUUAUUUUAACAAGAUAAACCUUAGGUUAUCAAGAAAUUCCUUUUACGAUGUAAAUGUAGAUGGUUUUAAUACAAAAUCUUAGUUUUUAUAUGAUUUUAACCACAACAGAGAUGUGGAAGACCAUAGGCUUAACAACACAAGUUUCGUAUGGUCCAUAUUUGUUUUUUUUGAUUCAUCACAUGGAUUUUUCUGUUUUUUUGUUUGUUUUAUUGUUUUUAUGAUUAUUAGAAGUUAAGCUUGUAUUUUCAGUCUAUGUGAAGUUUUCUAGCAUGCGUAGAUGAUGAAACUAUUGAACUGAUCUGUGUAAACUGUAUAUUAUAUUGAUAUUAAUGCAGUGAGUGAUAAAUCUGAAUUCACAAGCAACAUUAACCAUGUUGAUGAAAGUAAAUUUUAUCAUUUGCUUUAUGAAAAUUUUCUGCAAUAGGGCUUCUUUAAUAUAAUUUAAAUGUUUAAAAUUUUAAUUGAAUUUAUUUGAUUCAUUUUCACAUUCAUUGUUAGUUUUCUUUUAAACUUUGACUUAUGAUUGUUUUAUAUUGCAUUUCUACUUUUCAUAAUGUAGCUAUAUCUCUUAAGCAUGUCAUAUUGAUUACAUCAAAAGUAGUUUAUAGCCCUUUUUUAAAAAUGUGUCUUUGUCCAGGUGUAAAAAAAAAAACAAAAUACUAUUAAGUUAAAAAGUGUACUGCAUGAAGCUAGUUGCUUUUGGUCCCUGUUGCCUUUGUCAGCUGGGACUUAAUUGUAUUAGGUUAUAUAUUUACUUAUGUUAAAAUUUUUAUAAGAUUUAUUUUUUUAAUAUUUGUUUUAGGGUUCUGGAAUAUUACAAAGCUCUGUUGUUCAAGGAAUGGUUUUUAAACGUCAAGUGGAAGGGGAUGUAACUAAAACAGAGAAAUCCAAAAUAGCUGUUUUUUCUUGUCCGCUUGAUGCUAUGCAGACAGAAACGAAGGUAUGUGUCAGGUUUUUUUAGUUGGGUGGGGGCGGGGGGGUGUUUAGCCUGCAAAGAAACAAUAUGAUUUACACAGAAUGAUGAGAGCUUACAGUAAAAGAUAAAUAAAUGCUCAGUGCUGCAAAUUUUAAAUGAAACUAGUAGGGUGGAUAACAAAAUUUGCAGAUAGAAAAAAUGUGACUGGCAAAAUUGAAAAACAGUAAAGAUUGAGAACUUGGCAAAAAAUGAGAUGUUUAGGGAAUGUAUUUAUAGGCAAACAGGAAAAUAACGGUUUACAAGCAAGAUCACAUGUGUGAAAGUAUACCGUAGAUGGAAAAACUGAUCACAUCACAGUGAUUAGUAGGGUAAAGAGAGAUAGGCACAACGUUAAGGAUGCUAAAUGGAUGUGCCAAUGAGGAUUGCGAACUACCACAAGGAUGGCAGAUCCAUUGGUCAGCCAACUAACUCUGAUUAAAACAAAAGAUGUGAUCUUGACCAUGAAAAAGUAUAAAGCCUUAAGAAUAGACCUUAUCUCUGCAGAACCGAUAAAUUAGGUGGAAACUAACUGCAUAUGGAAAUACACAGCCUCAUAGAAUCUAGCAGGAGGCAGAAAUAGAAUGGGGUACUGCUCUCAUGAUUCGAAAUCACAAGAAAGGAUCUAAGCAGGACUGCUGAAAUUAUAGAGGAAUCUCCCUAUUUAAAACUCAAUUAUUCUUGGUUUUCAUGCCAUAAAAAAAAAUUGAGACCUAAAUUAAAAUCUUUAUUAUAUCCAUGCUGUCCAUUUUUACAAUACAAGCAAUUUUACCAAUCUUUCUAUUAAUUAUGCCAUUUCAAAAAAAAGUGGUGAAUUUUUAAAUUAUUUUAUUCAAAAAGAAAAAUAAAGAAAACAAGGCAAGUAUUUCAUGAGAGAAAUAUUAGCAAAGGGUAGAUGUUGAGAUAAAUAUCACUGGUCGUCCAAGACUAUGAUGGAUCGACGAUGUAGAGAAGGAUUUACACCAUUUGGCGUUUGCGCAUGGAGGUGGAAAGCCUUGGAACAUUCAGAAUGGAAGGAUGUGGUGGAGCAGGCCAGGGCACUACAUAGGCUGUAGCGCCACUAAUGAUGAUGUGGAACAUACAUGUAAGCACCAGUAAAACUAUCACAAACUACUUGCAGAGCAGCAUUUCAGAACCAAAAUCAAAUUGCUCUUUCUGUAGCCAACCAUAGCCAUACAUGGCAUAUGCAACAACAUACAGUUCUGUUUACUCUUAUGAUUUUGGCGUACAACGUGCGAUUUUUAGAUGUCUAUUAUGAUUGUAUGCUGAGACCCGCCAACACGACGAUUUUCAGAGACCUGUAAAAAAAUAUGCGGGUAAUUUUUUACAAUUAAAUUUAUUUUUUUUCGGCUUGAAGUUUCUAAGUAAAGAUCUGGCAGUGAAUGGACCGAGAAAAACUAUUGGUGGUUUUUUUUUUUUUUUUGGUUUUUUUUUUAAAGUUGGGUGGGACCAUCCUUCAUUAUUUUAUAUAGCCUACGCAGUGAGAGGGGAGUAGGGGGCUGUUGAUUAAGGAGAUUUGUGGCAUACGAAGAGCCAUUGAAAGGGAACUACAAGCAAAAACCUUGGAGCAUACAGCUCACCAGUCAACUAAGUCUGAGGUGGAUUGACAAUGUAGAAAGGGAUGGGGGUCCCCAGGUGGGGCCAGAAAGCCAUGGAUCGAUUUGGAAUGGAAGAAUGUGGUGGAGCAGGCUAGUGUCCUACCUGGGUUGUAGUGCCACUGGUAAGGAUUUGUUUAAACCAUGCAUGCUGGUAUUUCAUCUUUUUUUUUUUUCUUUCAGGGAACAGUGUUGAUUAAAAAUGCUGAGGAACUUUUGAGCUUCAGCAAGGGAGAAGAAAAUUUAAUGGAGGAGGUAUAAACAUACUAUCUUUUUGUUGCUGAAUCAAUAGAACAUUCUAUUUAGACAAGAUUCAUUUUUAUUUUAAGUUUUCAUUAAAAAAUUUGCAGAAAGUUAAUUGUUCACUGUGUUUUUUGCAUAAAAGAUCUAUUCUUUAUACCACAAAAUUGAUACGGUGCCAUAAUGAUAUGUAUUUAUUGUAAUAAAUUGCUAUACUUGUUAAACAGCAAAUCAAAGAAAUAGCAGAUACAGGAGUGAAAGUUAUCGUGACAGGUGGCAAAGUUGGAGAUCUUGCGCUGCACUAUGCAAACAAGUACAAACUUAUGAUUGUCAGACUUCUAUCGAAGUGGGAUUUACGCCGGCUUUGCCAAUCUAUUGGAGCAACAGCGCUUCCUAAAAUUGUAAGCUCUUAUAUUUAUUAGCAUUUUUUAAUUUUCCCUUUAAAAAUUCUUUUUUGCAUAAUACAUGGUAUGAAUAGCAAUAAUAAGCCCCCGAAGUGUGUUGUUGAAAAUAGAUUAUCACUAAAUUCAUUGCACCAUUUUAUGCAGUAUUCUAACAUAACUAUAUAUUCUUGUCAAAUCAGAAACAUAGAAUGCAAGCCGUGCUUAUUUUCAACUCCUCCAUUUAUGGUAAAAGAUGAGAUUUUAAAAUCAUUUGGUCUACUAUGUUGGGUUUAUGUCUUUUGUUUACAAAGUAUGUAUGUAUAAUUCAGAUACUUAAAGUAAUGUAAUUGAAUUCCUAGACUGCUCCAACCACAGAGGAAUGUGGCUACUGUGAUCAAGUUUAUGUUGAUGAAAUUGGUGACACACCAGUCAUUGUUUUCAAACAGGGUGACUGAAAUUUUAUAAUUAUUUAAAAAGCAUUACGGUACAUGUUAAAUUUAAUUAGCACAAAUGAAUAUAAUUUAUUUUUAUUACAUUCUCAUAUGUUACUCACUGUUGUUUUAAAAUAACUGUCAUUUAAUUUUAUAGUAGUUUGUAUAAUUUACUGUGUUUGCCAAAAAUGCACUCAUGACAGAUAAGAAAGAGAGCCCCAUUGCAACAAUUGUGAUUAGGGGGUCUACUGAUAACAUAAUGGAUGACAUCGAAAGAGCCAUUGAUGAUGGUGUCAACACAUUUAAAGCCCUAACCAAGGUAAAUGAUAUGAAUAUUUAACAUUCUGUGCUUUUGGUACAUAAAUCCUUUAAACUAUGGUAAUGUUGUGCCUUACUGUUUACACACCCCAGUUUCAAAUCUUGUUUUACACACUUCAUGUCAGGACUGAAAAUCAUUAAUAAAUCAUAGGAAUUUUAUAAAUACCUUAAUAUAUUAAAAAUGCAGACUAUUUUUUUUUUACAAGAUAAAUUUAAAUAUGAAAUAUUUAAAUUAUUUCAUUAUUUAAAAAGCUUUUGGCUUAAUUUGGAAAAAAAUGUUAUGCUCUACAGGAUAGCAGACUAGUUCCAGGAGCUGGAGCAGUUGAAAUUGAAUUAGCUAGACAGAUUUCCACAUUUGGAGAGGUAACAUCUGUCUUUUUUUUUUUUUAAUUAACACAUUUGUUAAUGUAUUUCAGGUUAAAAUAAUUCCAGCUGGUGUUUUUGUUUCAUGGUUGAAAGGCAUUUUUAAAAUAAAUUAUUGUGUCAAUUAAGACAUUCAUUUUAUGAUUCUGAUUUACACAUUUCUUUAAGCGGUGGUCAAUAAACUAUUUUCUGGCACAAUUCCUAUUCCAUAGGUUUCAAUUUUAAUACUAUUUUAUGUGGUAGUUAGAUAAAAUUUCUUUCUUAAAAAAUUGAUAUGCUAUUGAAAUUGAAAGAUUGUAAACAUUAAUAUAAAUAUCUGGUUUAGCAUGUUCUCUUUUAAAUACAGUUUAACAUUUGAAGAGGUGGAGAAAACCUCAUGACAGUCAAAUAUAAUAAAACUUUUUUUUUAGAGUCUUCCUGGAUUGGAGCAGUAUUCUGUGAAAAAGUUUGCUGAGUCAUUGGAGAUAGUGCCCAAGGCUCUUGCAAAGAAUGCUGGUGUUAAGGUAACUCAUUUUAAUGCCUUUUAAAUAUGUUACUUCAUAACUAAAUUUUUUUUGAAGAUACUAUCAUUUUAAGUUCAAACCUUAUUGUUCAAUGUUUGUUUUUAGAGGUCAUUCACAUACUCAUAUCUUUAAUUUAUAAUAAUGUCAGUUUUAAUAUUAUUUAGUUAGCUUUUUUUUUUUUUUAACUUGAGGUGGCGUACAUUUGUUUUUAAACUCUUAAGUUGAUGUUAUUUUUCCAAAUCUAAGGCCACAGAGGUUUUGAGCAAACUUUACGCAGCACAUCAUGAGAAGAGGGUAAAUACAGGAGUUGAUAUUGAGGUAAUUUUUUUUUUUUUAAUUUAACAUGUAUUGUAUACAAUUUUAGAAACCUUUUCUUUGCAUGGUUAAUAAUGAAUAUUUAAAGAAUUUUGCUGUCUUGGAUAAUAAAAAACUAAGAUGCUAAUACUGAUUUGUCACAGGCUGAAGGAGCAGCUGUGUUGGAUUCUGCUGAAGCCAAAAUCUAUGAUCUGCUAAUCACCAAAUUCUGGGGCCUUAGGUUUGCCACAGCAGCUGCUUGUACAGUCCUUAGAGUUGAUCAGGUAAUGCCAUACUCUAUUUCUAUUAUUAAAAUAAGUACUUUACUUGGGUUGAUCAGGUACUGUCAAGGUUUUUCUUGUAACAUAACUGCCAUCUUUUUAGUUUUUGAUGUCUUGUUUUUUCUUUACAAAUUUGUAAUUAUAAAUGUUAUUAAUAAUGUGUGUUAAUAGCUGUUAAUGAGUAUUAAAAAAAUUUUGAAGCAUAAUUUUAAUUAUACUUCAACAAUUUAGGUGCAUUCAGAUAAUAAGAAAUAAACAGUUUUCAAAUUUAAGAGGUUUGAUAUUAAUCAGCUUACUUAGCAUUACAAUAUGCAUUGCUAGUAAUUUUUCCAUGGAUGGUCCAAAUGAUUAUAUUUUGUUGCUUAGCAUCACAUUUUAUUAAUCCCACAGAUAAUCAUGGCAAAGAAGGCAGGUGGACCUAAAGCCAAACAGAACAAGGACUGGGAUGAAGACUAACUAAAAAGAAUUAGCUUUUAAUGUUCUAAAUUGUGAUUACUCAAGCCAAUUUAUUUCUGUUUAUUUUUAUAGUUAAGUAGAUUGUUCAUAAAUGUAUUUUCUCCAGUUCAAUGACCUUGUUGGUAAAUUGAAAUUUACAGUAACCUUUUAAGAAUUAAAAGAUCUGCACUGAUGAGUGACUGAGAAAGUUACUUAAGUUUUGUUAAUUCUAAUUAUGCAGGAUCAUUAUUGUAGAGACAUCAAAAUUGGGUUUCAGGGGGCUUUAACUAUAGAGCUUGCAAACUGUUUGGCUAAGCUGUGUCCUUUGUGUUUCCUUCCAUGGUACAGUCUCGCUCGUUUUUCUGAAGUGUGCUGUUUAUUUGUGGAUGUAUAUACCUCCAACUCAUUAAGGUUAAAUGCAUCAUUUUGGCAAAUGCAUCAUGUUGGCGUGACUCAUUUUCAUAUAUUUUUUAAAAACAUUUCUCAAUAAAUUAUUUUAAAAAAUUACAUUUUUUUAGUGUUUGUUUACUUAUGUGAGAAAAAAUGCUUACUAGUAGUAGUAGUAACUAUUAUAUUCAAAAUUGA